UUAGUAGCUAACUUCACAAUCUCCUUAUCAGUGUAGGAGUGGAAUGAUAAGAGUAGUGCACCUGUAGUUUAUUUCAAUAUGUUAUUUAUUUUAGUUGGUUUAAUCGCAGCAACCACCGUUUCAGGAGAGUUUACCCUAGUCGACAGAAGGGGACAGCAGAUAGUAGGCGAAGCUCAGGGAUUACUCCUUUAUAAUGGGGGGACAGUUUGUGACGACAGUUUUAAUGAGAACUCGGGCAAUGCAGUCUGUCGUCAAAUGGGAUAUGACAGAGCACAGACCUGGAACUCUCACGUGACCUGGGCUAUACAGGAGCAAUACGAGAUAGUACUUGAUGACGUCAUCUGUGAUGACAGUGGGUCUUGGGAUAGUUGCAGUUACGUGGAGUCCCACAACUGUGGACAUUCUGAGGACAUCUUUCUUACUUGUAAAGAAGCCCCCAGAUUCACACUGGUAGAUUCAGCUGGUGAAAUUAUCCGAGGGGAGGAGCUAGGUUUACUCCUUUAUAAUGGUGGUACCGUGUGUGACGAUAACUUUGAUAACAAUGCUGCUAACGCUAUAUGUCGCAAAAUCGGGUACACAGGUGCAACCAGAUGGACACCAGCAGAUAGCUUUGACAUACAGACAGAUUACGAGAUAAAACUUGACAACGUGGAGUGCAGACGUGGAGAAUGGGAGAGUUGUAGUUAUUCUGAGUCUCAUAACUGUAUGCACAGAGAAGAUGUGUUUCUGAGUUGUGAUGGCGAAAUAGAGCAGCAAUCUUCUGAUAUUCCCGCAGUACCUACAGUACCUACUGUACCAACAGAUACAGAAGAGCCCCUGUUCAGACUAGUUGACUCAGAAGGGAACGUUAUUGAAGGAGAAGAGCUAGGUUUACUCCUUUAUAAAGGUGGAACUGUUUGUGACGAUAGUUUUGACGCUACUGCUGCUACUGCUAUCUGCAGAAACUUGGGAUACACUGACAUGAACAGGUGGUCGAGUAGAGGGACGCGUAUAGAAAUCCAGGAUAGCUACGAGAUAACGCUGGACAAUGUGGACUGUAGUGACCCACACUGGGGGAGCUGCAGUUUCUCAGAGGAGAACAACUGCGGGCAUAUUGAGGACGUGUUCCUCAGCUGCAACUCAGAGGAACCAACAGAAGCAGGACACUCUCCCUUCUCCCUGAUAGACGCUGACAGUAACGAUAUACUCGGAGAAGAACAAGGACUGCUCCUUUACAACGGAAACACAGUGUGUGACGAUAGCUUUGACGAGAACGCUGCUAACGCUAUCUGUCGUCAGAUGGGUCGUCCUGGAUCCUUGGGCUGGAUUGCUGGGAGCCUGUUCGAUAUUCAGACCGGGCUGGAGAUAGGGUUGGAUAAUGUGGACUGUAGCAGUGAGAGCUGGUCUAGUUGCACACACAGCACAGUUCACAACUGUCAGCACAAUGAGGAUGUUCACCUGACUUGCUCGGCGACUGUAACAAAUACACCAGCUCACGUAACUGAAGUGCCAGAGUUUGCAACAGAUCCUGCUGACACAGAACCACCACAGCUACAGGUUGAAACAGAACCUCCACAGAUUGAAACAAGUUCCCCACAGACUGAAACAGAUCCCCCGCAGGUUGAAACAGAACCUCCACAGAUUGAAACAGAUUCCCCACAGACUGAAACAGAUCCCCGACAGACUGAAACAGAUCCCCCGCAGGUUGAAACAGAUCCUCCACAGACUGAAACAGAUCCUCCACAGACUGAAACGGAUCCUCCACAGACUGAAACAGAUCCCCCGCAGGUUGAAACAGAUCCUCCACAGACCUGUCCACCUAUCCUGGAGUGUCCCACUUCAGAGUGUUAUGUAACCUGUCCGGCUGGCCACUACCUGAUAAACUCAACCUGUGAGGAGUGUCCUGCUAACUUCUACAGCUCAGUCUCCGGUUCCACGUCCUGUUCAAGUUGUCCGGGUAUCUCCACCUCCCGGCCCGGUUCUGAUAAGUGUAACUGUCGUCCUGGUACUAUGUGGAGUAACGGCAGGUGUAAGAGGUGUCCUGAUGACUACGCAGGAGUGGAGGGAACCUGUCACCAGUGUCCUGAAGGUUCACAACCUGUAGACAGUGAUAGGUCCUGUUCGUGUCCUGACGGACUGUACUGGCUGUGGAACCACGCCCUUUUGGGAGCCUGUGUGCCAUGUCCUCAGGAUAAAUUUAUAGAAGGAGAGAUGCUGCAUUGUGAGCUGUGUCCUACAGGAUCCACAGCUCUAACAGGGUCCAGUUCCUGCUCCUGUGAAGCAGGGACCUACUGGAGUAACCAGGAAUGUGUGGAAUGCAGCCCAGGAUUUGCAAGCAACGCUGGAGCAACAGUCUGUGUGACCUGUGAGAACGGAGGAGCAGGAUCUAGUUGUCUGUGUGAUGAUGGUCUGGUUUGGGAGUGGGUAGAUCAGAACACAGGGUCCUGCAGGCCUUGUCUUGCCAGCACCUAUAAAACAGGGAACAUGUCCUCCUGCUCAACAUGUCCCCUAGGUUCUACAUCUGCAGCAGGAGCUGAACAUUGUAGCUGUCCUCCAGGAGAGCACUGGAGCGGAGAAGAGUGUAACAGUUGUGAAGCAGGGUCUGUCAGCUUAGAGGGUUCUCUCAGCUGCUCCAUCUGUCCCCUGGGAUCCUCCUCUACUGAAGAAAAGUGUACUUGCCCUGAUGGAACGGUCUGGGAGUGGAACAGUUCAGGUGAUGGGUCCUGUAUACCCUGCUCCUCAGGAAGCUAUAAGAACAAUGAGGCUGGAACGUGUCUUUUCUGUCCUGAGGGAUCUACUUCUCUCUCCGGCUCUGCUGGCUGCUCUUGUGAUGGUGGUAAGGUGUGGGAUGGAGCACAAUGUGUGGACUGUGAAGAGGGAACAGCAAGUAAUGGACUUGGAACAGAAUGCCUGGUUUGUCCGCUAGGAGCAGCACAAGAUAAAGCCUCGUGUCUGUGUCCUGACGGUGCAGUCUGGAAGUGGGAAGAUGGCCAGUGUUCACCCUGCUUACAGGACACCUACAAACAAGGAGAGAUGGUGUCUUGUGAAGUGUGUCCCUCCACCUCCACAACUCCUGCUGGCUCUGCGGAAUGUAGCUGUGAUCAGGGAACGCACUGGAGCAACAGAGCGUGUGUGAUGUGCACUGGUACUGCUUGGUUUGACAAUGCUGGUAAAGUGUGUGUUGAGUGUCCUGCUCACACAUUGCCAGUACACGGACACACUGCCUGUAGUUGUAGUGCUGGUAGUAAGUGGGAUCCUGUAACCAAGACGUGCACUGCCUGCCCAGCUAACCACUUCAGUGAGGGUUCCUCAGUAGAAUGUACCAAGUGUCCUGCCUACACAGUGUCUACAGCAGGAGCCUCUCAGUGUAACCACUGUCAGAACGGAGAGUACUGGACUAACUACACCUGUGAGACCUGCAAUGAUUCCGACCAGAUAGGUAAUGGGGUAUUCUGUGUGCAGCAGUAUGAUAUAGAGACGCAGCAUUACAAAGGUUCUGCUAAGGGUAUAAGGGGAACAAGUCCUAGGAGCAGUCUCAGUGCCAUAUUCACCGGGAUUAUAGUUGUACUGGCAGUGGUCUGUAUAACUCUAAUAGUUCUACUCAUCGCAAAGUCACGCAAACAGAAGAAGAAGAAAGUUCCGAGGAUGUCCUAUUCUACAGCGCCUCUUACAGGAGGAUCAGAGAGUGACUGGCAGGACAUGAGAGCAGACAGUGUAGCAGCACCAGCAGAGGAGAGGGAUUACUGCGGAGGAGGGACAAGUAACCCAAUGCCGGGGAGUGAGGAGAACAUCUAUCAUUUCCUGGAGGAACCCGACCAGAGGUUCUGAGAGACUGAGGAGUGAGAACAUUACCUUAUAUGGUAGUGUUGCCGCGGUUACAUUACCUUAUAUGGUAGUGUUGCCACAGUUACGUUACCUUAUAUGGU